UGCUGCUGCAUACUGUGUGUACGGAGCUAUGUGCACAUUUAAAAAUGGCGCUUUUUGGUCGUGUUAAUUCGAAUACCAUUUCGUUGUUAAAUCAUUGUUAUUGCAAAAAGUUCAUAUUGGGCACAAGUAGAUUAAAAUCGCACGGUCGCAUCUCAAUAUCAACUACCAUGCAACAUAAGAACAAUAAACAAGAAAGCACACACGAGACUGAAAUCGUCAAAAGAAGAAAUCAGGCAUGUCGAAGCUUAUUGAUACAAGUAUUUUCGUCGAAAUCAUACAAUGAUCUCCAUAAUUAUUGUUUGCAGUUCGGAGAUAUCUCGAGUAUGCAUCAUUACCAUAUAAAUAAUCAACAAAAUUAUAUCUUGGUUGAGUUUAAAGACAUAAUGUCGAUAAAAGACAUUAUGUCAUCUGCUUCCUUUACGAAAGGAGACUCUACACCCGUAAAAUCCUCGAUAUUAUGGUUUCGUAAAGGACAAAUUACUACAUCACAGAAAAAUAAUCAGAAAAAGGUAUCUUUAUUUGUGGAAAAUGGUUGUACGUCGCCUACUGAAAAGGAGACAGCAAAGCUAUUAUAUAAUGCUAAAUCGAUAUCAGGGCAGAUAAUAAUUCUCUAUGAGAUGAUAAAAUUGACUGAUUUAGAAGCAAGAUUGAGGUUUCACACUGCUCACCAUUUAGAGCAAUAUUUUUCUAAACUAUUUGAGAAUAUGAAGGUUCUGCCAUUUGGUUCCUCUAUAAAUGGUUUUGGAAGGAAAAGGUGUGAUCUUGAUUUAGUUCUUGUUCCCGACACUGAAGAACAUAAUGCCACGAGUAGAUUGGUAUUUCACUCAAAGUUUAUGCAUAAUAGCGAUAGGCAUGAAACAAAAGAAUUUUUGGGAAUACUCGCAAACACCAUGCAGUAUUUCAUCCCCGGAAUUCUUAGUGUCAGAAGGAUUCUGGAAGCUCGAGUACCUAUAAUUAAAUUCUGUUAUAACUACACACAAACUGAAUGUGACUUAAGUGCAACAAAUAUGACUGCUAUAUAUAUGACCGAAUUAUUAAAUUUGUAUGGAGAGAUGGAUUGGCGAAUAAGACCGCUUGUUAUAGCAAUACGAGCAUGGGCGAAGAGUCAGGAAUUAACAUCCGACGUACCAGGACAGUGGAUAACAAAUUUUCCCAUUACGUUGUUAGUGUUGUUCUUCUUACAACAAAAGAAGAUAUUACCGUCCUUAAAAAUAUUAAAGUUCUAUUCGACUCGCGAUGACGUUCGUUAUGCAGAGAAUGGCAUCGAUUGCACCUUCCUGCGGGAUAUUAACAAAUUGCCACCCGAUUACAAAUAUAGGAUAAAUCAGGAUAGUCUGGAGACACUUUUAUUCGAUUUCUUUGAGUAUUAUUCGACAUUCGAUUUUCAAACGUACGGGAUAUGUAUCCGCGAGGGUGUGCAGAUUCGAAAACCAUCACGCUCGGCGCUCCAUAUUACCAAUCCUUUAGAAACGACAUUGAACGUUUCCAAAAACGUAAGUCUCUACGAAUUGAAUCGCAUAAUUUCGAAGCUGCACGACGCGAUUUACGUGCUAGAAACCACCGACAAAUUCGAAAAUAACAGCUGGGGUAUCAUGACAUUAUUGAAAGUAAAUAAUGAUAACGGACAUUUGAAGAAAUCGAAUACUACGAAAGGACAAAAGAAGAAUAUCGAAGAAUACUUGGAAGAUUCCUACGAAAAUUCCUACGAAAUUUCUGACAAGUUCGAAGUUAGUGAAGCUAAUAUCGAUGAAACAAAAACAAAAAAGAAAGAAACAGUAUGAUGACCUAAAUGAGUAGCGACAAAAUAUGUACUUUAUGUCUGCAGAAAUGGUGUAUGUAUCAUAUGUUUCUGCAUGAGACUUUUUCCUUUUUGUACCAAUGAUUUGGUAUUAUCUAUAGUGGUGGCGCCAGAAAUAUAGAGACGUUUUACCUGAGAAGAAGAAAGAGAAGAAACGACGGAGAGAGAAUUUUUAUUGCGGUCAAUUGUGUGUACUGUACUAUAAUAUAUGAAAAUAGAAGAGAAGUGUACAUAAAGUCGACAAUUACGUAUAAAUGAAUUACGUAUAUUAGUCAUAAAUAAAUAUGUGUAAAAUAUCACAAUCAAUUAUUAGAUUAAUUAAUUGGAAAUUGCCGUUGUAUUAAUUCCGGAAAAAAAAUGCAAACAUCGGAGGCCAAAAUGUUCUCUCGUACUUCAUCUGUUGAAGCUUCCAGCUUUAUAGCCUGUCUGUAAAAUUCAACAAGUGGAAUACCGAAUAUGCAUGUUUUUUUUAUACAUGUACGUAUACAACUGUGAAUACUUGUAAAACUGAAGUGAGCGACAAAGUUCAUGCAUCGCUUUCAAUACACCAAGAUACGGUAUAUAAAUCAAGGGUAUAUUUAUUAACUUGUAUAUAUUUUGCUAUACCAGAAAUUCGACAAUUUCUCAUACAUGCUUACGUGUGUACACUCGCUAUAAUUAGAACGUUUAUUGUAACCCUGCUGAAGAUUACAAAUUUUCGCUCGUAGUUAAAUUCGAAACAACGAUUAACGAUCGCAUUGACUUUCACAAGGAAGAGCCGAUUCCUCGUAAUACCGAUUUUUAUCCUUGCGUUUUUAUCCCUCGUUUGGAAUAAUAUUAUCGUUACAUUAUAGUCAAUAAUUGUGAGGAGUAUAAUCGUGACGAGCCCAUGCGUCGUAGGGCGAUCGCUGGGUUUUUAUUGAUGGCGAUUACGAGUAAACGCUCGAAUUAGGCUAUUCUUCGCGAAUCGAGUAUCGUCGAUUAAAUUCGUAAU